GUUCCAAGAUGGCUGCGCCCAGGGAGAGAGGUCAGCAAACUCUGCAUCUCAGGAGUAGCUAACGUGUGUAGCUUCCAGUCCUUUGAUGUAGGCAGCUUUUCCCUGUCCUUUUGGCUUCUGAUUUUGGAAAGACAAGCUGCUUGCAAUGAACUGCACAUGGGCGUUAUUGUUGGCCCAGGAGGUCUCUGCAGGAAGGGGGACAGUGCUGAGGCAGGCUGCUCCUAAGAGGGAUCUCCUGCAACUAUGGAGAAAUGGCUGUCCCCAGAAUUCAGGUUUGGUUCCAGUGAGACGCAUCCAGGUGAGCACUGCUCUUGGAACUGCUACCCCUUCUGACAGGGAUGAUAGAAACCAGGACAAGGAGUCCACCGACCGAUCCUUGGUGAAGGUUGAAGAUCUCUUUGAGGCAGUGUCUGUCGAAGCAAAGACUAAAGCCACCUUCCAUCAAGCUGUGGACAUCUUCUGCAAGCAGAACAUCCGCCGCAGGGGCCACGUGGAGUUCAUCUAUGCAGCCCUGAAGAAGAUGCCGGAGUUUGGGGUGGAGAAGGACAUCAGUGUCUACAACAAAAUCUUGGAUGUCUUCCCGAAGGAAGUCUUUGUGCCUCGCAAUUUCAUCCAGAGGAUGUUCAACCACUACCCACGGCAACAGGAGUGCGGGAUCCAGGUGCUGGAGCAGAUGGAGAGCUAUGGUAUCAUGCCAAACAAGGAGACAAAGCUUCUAUUGUUACAGAUCUUCGGGAACAAGAGCCACCCUGUGAGGAAAUACCAAAGGCUCAUGUACUGGUUUCCUAAAUUCAAGCAUGUCAACCCUUACCCUGUCCCAGACCCUCUGCCCCAGGACCCUGUUGACCUGGCAAGGUUGACCUUGCAGAGGAUUGCUGCUGACUUGGAUGCCAGAGUUACAGUAUAUCAGCUGCCUCAUGUGGAGAUCUUGGACUCCGGAAAAGCUGUUGACCAUCCACAUAUCGUAGGAAUCCAGAGCCCUGACCAGCAGUCACUUUUUGCUCAGCACAAUCCUGACAGGCCCAUUUUCGUUGAAGGCCCCUUCCGCUUGUGGCUCAAGAGGACUUGUGUCUAUUACUACGUUCUUAGGGCAGAACUGUUGCCUCCAGAAGAAAGGAAGGAAGAAGUGAUUGACCCAGAAAGGAAUUUCUAUUAUCCCCUGUAUCUGGAUAUUGACCUGGAACGGGGCUUCUGGGAUGAUGAGGAAUUUGACAUAGAUGAAGUUGAGGAGGGCCCUGUAUUUGCCAUGUGUAUGGCAGGGGCAGGAGACCAGGCUACUUUGGCCAAGUGGAUUGUGGGCCUUCAAGAAACAAACCCUGUUUUGCGUCAAACGCCGGUCGUGUUCCGCCUCACACCUGGGCCUCGGGAGCUGCAGGCAAGCACCGACUCGGAUGAUAAUGGAGAAGAAGAGACGGCGCAAGCUCGGAGCCUCAACCAAGAGCUUUGACCACAUGCUGAUCAUGUUUUAGAUUACAAUAGUGGUGAAUGAUUGAGUGUAAUUUCAUGCCUGUGUUUUAAUGCAACCAUCCCUUCCGUUGGCCUGGGUAGUUUUGGGUUGAAUCCUAAGUAGGCCACGGGUGCAUCGAGGGCAUCUGCUCUUUCAGACAAGUCACUUCUUUUCUCAGCUGCAGUAUAAGAAACCUUUGCUUAUAACAGCAGCAUACGGAUGUUGAUGGUGGCUGCCCUACAGCCUGUUCUUUUGAAAAUGAUGUCAAGCCAAGAACUUCGAAGUUUUAUCUGUGCUGUUGUCUGAGAGGCUACAGCUGUCUUCCCUACUUUUCCUUAUGCAGCACUUGCCCUCGCAAAUAUGCACACCAUGAGUUCUCCUCAAGCUUUUUUUAGUAACAGCCUUUAAAUUGGAUGGCCCUCCACUGUUUGACAACCAUUUCUCUGUUCCCUAUCAUCAGAAAACUGAGCUUUCCUUCUUCUCAUUGACACUGAGCUGGAAUUAGUGGUUUUGGACCUUUUUUGCCUGAAAGUUUGAUCAGGAGUGAGGAUGGAAGCCUGUGAAACACCUUUUCUGAUGUGCUGCUGCUUAUGUCCCUCUCUCCCAGCACCAUUGCACAGGGUGGAGAGUUGGGCCUUUGUACAACAACCCCUGUCAUAAUAAAU